ACAUUCAGAUCAAAGUACUUCUGUUUUACAGAUUACCUCCUCAAGGCAAUUCUUCUUCCUGAAAAAAGGAGCCCAAGAUCACUUUCCCAGUGGUGAUGCCUGGAUGGCUAGUUAGCUGGCUGGCUGCCUCCCUGGAUAGUGAUAGUCUCAAAGAGCUGCUGAGAAUCUGAUAAAAUGGCAAGAAAGGCAACAGUUCUCAAGACCCCAGAAAAAAUCAAAUAUUUAGCUUCCUUUCAAUGCUGUACCAGACCCUGCAUGAGCCUAAGCUAACCUGCACAGGGGUCUUUUAAGUCAAAAGUGCUUUGUAAAUGCGCCUGUCCCUUUAAAUAAAGGGAACGCUGUUUCUCACACUCUGUCUCUGUGGGUGAACACAAGGUGCUGAGAUUGAGCCGCUUGAGAGAGAGUAAAGACAAUCCAGUGGAAGGAGGAAGAAGGGAAAACCUGCUGGAAAAAAGAAAGAGGUGAAUUGGGGGCAGAAAUGAAGAUAAGUGAAAUAAAGGCAACAGGGCCUGGGGGGAGCUCCCAUAUUAUGAAAUAGCAAUCCAGAAACCUGUUGUGACUUCAAAAUGGUUUUUCAUGUGGAAGGGUUGAUAGCUAUCAUUUUGUUCUACUUGGCCAUCCUGUUUGUUGGAAUAUGGGCUGCUUGGAAGACAAAAAACAGUGGGAGUGAUGGAGAUCGUCGUGAAACUAUUAUAGUUGGUGGAAGAGAUAUUGGCUUGCUAGUUGGUGGAUUUACCAUGACUGCAACCUGGGUAGGAGGCGGUUAUAUCAAUGGAACAGCCGAGGCAGUGUAUAAUCCAGAUUUUGGACUAGCCUGGGCUCAGGCACCCAUUGGGUAUUCGCUUAGCCUCAUUGUAGGUGGCUUGUUUUUUGCAAAGCCCAUGCGUUCCAAAGGGUAUGUGACAAUGUUGGAUCCAUUUCAGCAAAUCUAUGGAAAACGGAUGGGAGGGCUUAUCUUCAUACCUGCCCUGAUGGGAGAAAUGUUCUGGGCAGCAGCCAUCUUUUCUGCACUAGGUGCCACCAUAAGUGUGAUAAUUGACAUCAGCAUCAAUUUUUCAGUUAUUAUUUCUGCCUCCAUUGCAACUCUGUACACCUUAAUUGGAGGACUUUAUUCAGUAGCUUACACUGAUGUGGUCCAGCUGUUCUGCAUUUUCUUAGGACUGUGGAUCAGCAUCCCAUUUGCCUUGUCCCAUCCUGCAGUAACAAACAUUGGGUACACAGCUGUGCAUGAAGUAUAUCAAAAACCCUGGCUUGGAUCCAUUAAAUCAGCUGACAUAUACAUAUGGCUUGACAAUUUCUUCUUACUGAUGUUAGGAGGAAUCCCGUGGCAAGCCUAUUUCCAGCGAGUCCUUUCUUCUUCAUCAGCUAUGUAUGCACAAAUACUCUCUUUUCUGGCAGCUUUUGGGUGUCUUAUAAUGGCAAUACCUCCAGUGCUCAUUGGUGCCAUUGGUGCAUCAACAGCUUGGAACCAGACCGAAUUUUUUGGUCCAGACCCCAAAAAUCAAAAUAAAAGUGACAUGAUAUUACCAAUUGUCCUUCAAUAUCAUUGUCCAGUGUACAUUUCAUUCUUUGGCCUUGGGGCAGUGUCUGCUGCUGUAAUGUCCUCUGCUGACUCUUCCAUUUUAUCAGCAAGUUCUAUGUUUGCACGGAAUAUAUACCAGCUUUCAUUUCGGCAAACUGCUUCAGACAAGGAAAUAGUUUGGGUCAUGCGAAUUACCAUUUUUGUGUUUGGAGCUGCAGCAACAGUGAUGGCUCUGCUCGCUCAAUCCAUAUAUGGUCUCUGGUACCUCAGCUCUGACUUGGUCUACAUCAUCAUCUUCCCCCAACUUUUAUGUGUGCUUUUUAUCAAAGGAACAAAUACUUAUGGUGCCAUUGUAGGAUAUUUAUUUGGGCUCCUACUUCGAAUUACUGGAGGAGAACCUUAUCUAUCCUUAAAGCCUUUGAUUUUGUAUCCUGGUUGGUAUCAUGAUGAUGACGAAUACAUUCAGAGAUUUCCUUUUAAGACAUUAGCAAUGCUGACUUCCUUCUUUACAAACAUUGCAGUGUCCUAUCUAGCAAAAUACUUAUUUGAAAGUGGCACUUUACCACCCAAACUAGACUUCCUUGAUGCUGUUGUUGCCAAGUACAGUAAAGAGAACAUGGACAAGGCUACUCUUGUGAAAAGUGACAAUAUUGUUUUAAAUGAACUGGCACCAGUGAACGCUCGACACAGUUUGACUCUGAGCUCUACUUUUACAAAUAAAGAGGCCUUCAGCGAUAUGGAUUCAAGUCCAGAGGCAUCCUCUGCAGAGGAGAAAUGACAACAACCCAGAUGAAGAGAAACACUGCUUUUGCCUCACCCAUAGCGCAACAGGGUACGCUGCCAUGGGAAAUUAAAUGUAGCUUGGGAGGAAAUGGAUGGAGGAAAAAAAAAAACCACUACCAUGCAGCUCUUUUAGUUUGUUUCUUGAAAGAGGAACAGUUUGGAUUAAACUCUCAUACAGUAUUAUCAAAACAUGUUGGGUAAAAUUAUAGUAUAUCUCAUUCCACCAUAGUAUUUGAAUGUCAAAAAGAGAAAAUGCAGCAUCCAGAAAAAGAGACAUUGGUUUCUUUAAAAUUUAUAUCACUAAUUUGCAUAGCUAGAACUAAUUUGCAAAUUCAGAAUCCCCAUUUUCCCAGUUCUCCUCCACCUGCUAACUGCCAGCUUUUAUUUUGCACAUCCUAGAGCAAGAUUGAGCUGCUAAAUGCGGCAGCAUUCCCAAAACUGCACCACUGAACAUUCACUUCAAGCAUAAACAUGUACUGGUAGUAGUGAAGCUUUCUUGAGUUUUUUAUAAAUAAGAAACCAAAUGUUCUGUUAAGCUCCUAAUAUUUUGACAUGCACAUUUUAAACAAAAUAUAAUAAAGGCCAGUAUUCAGCACUGCUAUUUUAAUGAUGUCACUGGAAAAAUUGAGAUCAACUACUGUCCUACUUUAUAGUUGGAUGGAAUCUAUUCAAAUGCAGACAUGUCAAACUCAUGACAUCAUGUGACAUCGCGCAACAUAUCAGGCCGGUUUUGCCAUUGCCGGCAAUGGGGUGGGCGCGGCUUGCGGAUGACGCAUCUGGCCCGCAGGCCGGCAGUUUGACACCCCUGAAAUAGAGGAACUCUUGAAAUAUAUAAUUAAUCUGUGAGACAAGUUUAAUAGGAAAAAUGUUUUUCAACAUAAAAAAAAUGUCAAGAUUGACAAAAACAGGGAUUGUUUCCUUGCCUUCAGAAGUAGAAGGGGAAACAAGUUUGACAUCAGCUAAGUGUGUCCUGUGUGGUAACAAGGUAGUCAGUAAGAAAGCAAAGGAACUUAUAGAAUCUAUUAUCUCCAGCAAUAAAUCAUGGUCCUGAAAUUAAUAGAUUUAACAAACAUGUAUCUUUUAUCUCUCUUAAACUAUAGAUUCAGCACCUUGCAACUAGUAAAUUGAACUAUUCUACUAACAGGUUGUUUUUUUUCCUUUCCUUUCCUUUUCCUAUUAAGGCCUUUUUCUCAGUAGUUACCCCUUUAUAAAACUUGUAAAAAAUAACAGCCGUAAUGCAACCAUCCAGGUUUUCAAAUAGUUAUAUCAAGAGCACCUUUGAGGGUUUUUUAAAAUAUGCAAAAUUCCUAAAUGGUGCUCAAAAUGAUCUGGGAAGAGGGCAAAAGGGAGUUUUAGCAUCUCUCUUUCUUCAGCAUUUUCUAUCAUUAAAACAGUUUUUUUAAAAAAACUAGCUGGUUAAUGCCUUCCAAGCGUGCUAAUUUUAAAUGUGCAGUGAGUUUAUUUUAUGUAUAACACUAGUCAAACUUUUGAUAUUCCUUUGUCAUCUGAAAUGAUAUUCCUUGGCAGCAGUUUAAUCAUCUGGAUUUUCUGCUUCCUUUUUUCAUUGUGGAACACUGCUAGGUAGCUAACUGCUUGAUUAGACUACAAGCUUGAUCUUGUGUCCAAAUCAUAGCUUUGUAUAACAUUUAACAAUGUUGAUUCACUGUGUGUGUAUGCCCCUCAUAUAAUCUUAUAUAGUCAGUGCCAAUAUAAGCCUUGGUAAAUUACUAUCAUAUGUGCAUUCACCUAAUUAUGUGUAUUCUCUCCAAAGCAGUUUUAAUUUGGAUAAAUGUGGUAUACUGUCCUCAGAGCAAGGUUAUUUUUAAGCUAUUGUAUGUAUGCAAGACAAUUUAGCAGGAAACUAUGUUUCAUCAUUUGUUGCAUUCCCUUAAAUAAGUGGUAGAAGUAUUAGCCUUUGGGAAGUUAUAACACAUCCAUCCAUCAGUAUAUAGAACACGGGUGGGGAAUUAUGGCCCUUUUUUGACUUGUGGACUCCCAGAAUUCCUGAGCCAGUAGGAAUUGUGGGAGUCCACAAGUCCACAAGUCAUAAAAGGGCCAUAGUUCCCCACCUCUGAUCUAGAAUGAUCAAUCAGUGCAAAAAAUAAAAACCUGCAUGGUUGCUGAUACUGUCUUUUUUAUUCUCAGAUACAAUUAAAAAAGAGUGAAUUGUAACUUUUAGAUUGUGUUCCAUACUAAACUCUCAUCCAUAAAGCUAUAGUUUUGUAUAUUGCAUGUACCACAAAUGUGCUCAGUCAUUAGGAAAUAUUUUUUUGAAUACCAUUUCCUUUCUUCUCAAGACCAAGGGGAAACAGAGAAAUGCUGUCAUUACUGAGAUACAGUACUGCCCCAAAGAUUUUCUUUAUUGGCUGAUUAUAGUAGCCUCUGAAAUAUUUAUUCCCUCUGGUGCUUUCCCACAACUAAUGACUUCUUUCCAUUCACUAGAUGUCUCAAGUCAUUCUCUCUGCAUUAUUUUUGCCUCUCUUGUAGACUAAUACCAGUGUGGCAACAAUUCUUUGAUUUGUAGUAAAAACAAAUAGUUUUGGUCAGAAUAUAAUUUUUAUUGAAGUAUGAAUUAUACAUUAAGUACUCUAUCAAAAGUUAAUUAAAUAUCUUAAUGUAUAAUAUUCUUCUCUCAGCAGUAGCAACUAUUAGAGAAAAAAAUUAAUACUUUUUACAGCAAUAAUCUGAAUUGAGAAUUCAAUCUGAGAGGAAAAGCUGGAAAGAUGUCUUCUAUUCUUGAAGGGUGAGAACUACUAAGAAUAAUUGGAUAAUUCCCCCUCCCCGUUAUAUGCUAUUCACAAAUGAUUAAAUCAUCAAAAGAAUGAUAAUUUUCAGUGAGUCAUAAAAUUGGAGGAGGAUUAAAAUUCAUGAACUCCAUUAUUUCCCCAAGCUACUGCCAUUUUCCCAUUACUUUCCUGCUCUUCAUUACUUCAGUGAAGUAUUUUCCAGGUGGAGUAUGCAUAGAAAAUAGCUGCAACCAUUACAUGAGCUGAACAAUAGAAUUAGAGAAAGAGACAGCCUAUCAGCUCCAGUAGAAUUAACCUCAUAGCAAAAUAGGCAGUGCAUAUGUUUAAAAAAAAGUAAAAGAAAACCAAAUCAAUUUCCCCCCAUCAGAAACCUCAAAUUUAAAUGUUGUAAGAAUACAAUUUAAUCCUAAAAUUGUAUAUGUAUAAAUACCCUGUUGUUGACAGCUAGUUUAUUAAAAGACAUUUUAAAUUUGAGGGAGGAAAGGGACAGGAUACUAACCAAUUACAUAUUUUGAUUAAAAUCUAUAAAAUUAUAGAUUACAUUAAAAGUUUAAAUUGCUGCUAAAA